AUGAACAAAUGUUGUUGUUGUUGUGUAAAAAAAACAAAUAUACCAUACCAACUACAAUUUCAGUAUUGGAGUCUUUCGAUAUACAUUGCAAUAGCCUAUGCAUUAGGAGUUCAUCUAUUACAAAAAUAUCAAGAACACAGAAAACCACGUCAAUUAAGGAUUCCGUUGUGUCUAUGGAAUGCCAGUCUAGCGAUAUUCAGUAUCUUUGCUACAUUUAGGUUCGGUGAAGAAUUCUUCUAUACCGUUGGUGGGCACCCAUUCCGACAUACGGUAUGCUAUUCAAUCAAUCCAACAGGUCCAGCAUCAUUUUGGGCAUGUGCAUUUGCGCUGUCCAAAGUUGCGGAACUUGGGGAUACAUUUUUUGUUGUAAUGCGUAAGAAGCCACUGAUUUUCCUACAUUGGUAUCAUCACGCCGUGGUACUUGUCUACAGUUGGAAUUCAGGUAACCAAAAAUCAACAUAA